UUUAUCCAACGUUGUCAUUGAUUUUUCCACCUAUCAUCAUCUCUGUCAGAUUUAUGAAAAGCAUGGAAAAGAGAAACCAAACAACUUUUCCAGGAUUCCUUCUUCUGGGACUGACAGAAGACCCAAAACUGCAGCCUGUCUUGGUCAGCCUGUUCUUUUCUAUGUAUCUGGUCACCAUCCUGGGAAACCUUCUUAUAAUCUUGAUUUCCAUCUCUGAUGCACAUCUUCACACCCCUAUGUACUUAUUUCUCUCCAAUUUGUCCUUAAAUGACAUCUGUCUAAGUACAAGCACAAUCCCAAAGAUGCUGGUGAACAUACAAGAAAAUAAUCAAAGCAUCACAAACAAAGGCUGCCUCACUCAAAUGAGCUUUGUUUUAAUUUUUGGUGGCAUGGAAAACUGUCUCCUUGCAGUAAUGGCUUAUGACCGCUAUAUUGCUAUUUGUCACCCCCUAAGGUACACAGUCAUCAUGGAACCCUGUUUUUGUGUCCUGCUGAUUCUACUGUCCCUGCUCAUUAGUGUUGUUGAUUCUUUGAUGCACAGCCUUAUGGUGCUCCGUCUAUCAUUCUGUACACACUUGGAAAUACCAAAUUUCUUCUGUGAACUUUCCCAGAUCCUCAAGUUGGCCUGUUCUGAUACUCUCAUUGAUAACAUAUUGAUCUAUCUUUCCUUAUGUAUAUUUACUGGUAUUCCUAUCUCUGGAAUAGUUUUUUCUUAUGUUCACAUAAUAUCUUCUAUUUUGAGAAUGUCAUCAUUAGAAGGAAAGCACAAAGCCUUUACAACCUGUGGGUCUCACUUGUCAGUUGUAUCCUUGUUCUAUGGGACAGGUUUUGGGGUAUAUAUUACAUCUAUUAUUAUGGAUUCAUCCAGGAAUACUGCAGUGGCAUCAGUGAUGUAUUGUGUUGUACCUCAGAUGCUGAACCCUUUUAUCUAUAGUCUGAGGAACAGGGACAUGAAAGAAGCUUUGAGGAAACUCUUCUGUCGUAUGGCUUCUUUUCUAUGAUAUUUUGUUUAUUGGGACAUCAAUUUCUAGAGUAAGUACACUGAUAGUUUUUCUUUUACUGAGCUAGAAUAUACACUCUUUUCAUAUGCUGUGCUUCUUGUAGAAUCAAUGUUCUAUAAUUGUAUCAAAACCUCAAAAUUAUUUCAUUUUCUGUAACUAUAUAACACACUUCUAGGUUUUUAGACAUAGUUUAUAUUUGCAAAUUCCAACAAACCAUUUUGAACCACAUAUUUUUGUUUUAGAAAAUAUUGUGGCAGUGCAGUCUUAACAUUGGAGGUAUAAGAAAUGAACUAGUUAGAAAAAUACUGAAGC